GAGUGAUACUGGGUGAACUCCAACAAAGCAGUAUAGAUUUUGGGUCAAGUUCCUCAAAUUUAUGCACAUUUUUGUUCCAGAGAUCAGAAAAUGGGAAGCGUUUCACUUCCCUCGUCGUCUCUACUGAUUUCCAGCUCCAUUUUUGGAAGACCAUCAUCAACGUUUUCUUAUCCUCACCAGCGAUUCAGGCGCAAGCACUGUCCGUUUCCUGCGAUUACUCCUCUUUCGAUGGAUGUCUCUUAUCGACCUCCAGGGACCAAAAUCGAUCUAUUGAGUCAAGUCAGCCUUUCCAUCCCUGAGAAAAGUUUUGGCUUGAUAUUUGGACGGAGUGGCAGUGGAAAAACUACUUUAUUGCAGCUGAUUGCAGGGUUAAGCAAACCAACGUCAGGUUCCAUAUAUGUGCAAAGAUAUAGUGAUGAUGGUGAACAGAUUAAGUCUCCUGAACCCUUACAACCUGAAAGAGUUGGCAUUGUUUUCCAAUUUCCUGAGAGAUACUUUGUUGCGGACACUGUUCUUGAUGAAGUUACAUUUGGGUGGCCAAGACAAAAAGGUGGCCUACAAUUAAGAGAGCUUCUUACUUCUAGACUUCAAAAAGCCAUUACCUCGGUUGGUCUAACAGGAAUAUCUUUGGAUAAGGAUCCCCAUUCAUUAAGUGGUGGCUACAAACGUCGGCUAGCCCUCGCUAUUCAGUUAGUUCAAACACCAGACUUAUUAAUAUUGGAUGAGCCUCUUGCUGGUCUUGAUUGGAAGGCUCGUGCAGAUGUGGCGAAAUUGUUAAAGAAUCUAAAGAAGGAGCUAACUUUACUUGUUGUCAGCCAUGACCUCAAGGAGUUGGCAUCUUUGGUAGAUCAAUCUUGGAGGAUGGAAAUGGGAGGAGCACUUAAAAGAGAGCCACUACCCAUUUAAUACUCGGAAUUUAUAAUGUUCCCAACAAUCAUUUUCUGAUGCAUUAUAUGAGGUUUUUAUGAGACGUGAAUUGCAUAUAAUUCUUGGAGAGAUGCUCAAGGUUAUUCAUUUUACUUCAAUCCCUGACUAUUGAAGUCUUCACAUUUCAUGUAACCUCUGAAUGUAAUUAAGAGUUUCUGUUAAUAAGUUUUGACAUAGUUUCUAACUUUCUGUAGCACUUAGUUUGUCCUUUAAACUUUAAUUAAAGUUUGAUGGGUCUGCAGCAUAUUUCUUUGUCCUAGUCUUACCAAAAGUGUUGAAUGUCGAUUGGAAUUUUGUUCAUUAUGUAUUAUUGUAUGCAUGUAUUGGUAAAUAAAAUAACACUUUGAACAAAUAUGAAUAGUAGCUUUUCUAGUUGUGGCAGU